CCGAGGUGUGACCUAUCGGUAUGUUCAAUGAUGUAAUGGGCUAAUUUGCACAGCCAUCGCUGUCACCCAACUUCGCGUGGAAGAUCUUGCCCUCAGCAAACAUGAAUCCUACUUCUUAUCCUUAACCUGACUUACCAUCGUUAGUGUGUCUGCACAAACACGUAUAGUGAUGAAGCCCUCUUCUAGACUUGGGUCUCAGCACACUCUGCUCCGACUACGGCGUUUGUCUUGACAUCAACUUCCGUAAAGCUUUGUCUCAAGAAAUCUCUUUGCGAAAAUUCGGGUUGCCCCAAACGGGACAGUCAAUGAUUCAUUUUCUGCAAUGCUUCUGUCGGCCUCGCAACCUUUGCUCAAUCACGCGCUUUCUUGGAAACAAUACUCGCAAGGCAAGGCUUUCCACGGAGCGGGCGCUUUACGCUUUUCCGGCCGCGCUUUGGAGGUUUCAGCAACAAUGCCACCUUGGAGGAUUCAAAUUCAGUCGCUAUAUAACCGAAUAAUGCGCUGGGUGGAAGAGCAUCCUUCUUCGCUGUGCUAUUCACAUUUCAAUGCCUGCCUACGCUGCACUCGGUUCCAGCGCGCUGUACACGGUCUCCAACAGGGAGGCUCUUCCGACCCACUUUUCUGGAGCCAUCCCAGUGGAUGGCUCUCAAUUCUCCGCUUACCCGUCUUCGUUUUCGCACCAGCCUAUCCAGCAAGCAGCCUACGAUCGGUCGUAUUCUCCGUCUGGCUUCGUUCAGCCGUCUCUGCACAGCCAGACAUAUGGCUUCCCCGGUGCUCCCCAGACCCCGUCUUAUGGGACACCCGCACCGCUUUCUCGGCGCAACUCUGUUGUAUUUGACACGACUGUGGGUCCUGCUCGAUCAAACUCGACCUCAAAGCACACCACGCCGUAUGCCAAGCCGAGAUCGCGCAACGGGUCAGUCGCCGACACGUCGAUGCUGGUCCCCAAACUCCGCCGGGGCUCCAAAGCCGCUGGCCCAAGGCUUCCCGACGGCCCUCUCGAUCACUGGCGGCUUCCGCAGGAGAUCUACGUGGACCCCAUCCCGCCGUCGGGAGACAUCCGGUACGACAACGUGCGCCAUGCCCCGAUCAUGUUCCGCACCCAGCGGGCUGCUGCAUCCGGCGGCGCGCCCGGCAUCCGCAUGAACGACAUCGAGGGCGAGUGCAGCUCCCUGCUCGAGGACGGUCAGACUCCGGUGUUCGACCCCAGCUUCUCGUACCGCGAGAUCCGCAUUCGGAUUUUGUGGCCCGGCUACCCCCCGUUUGAGAAGCGGGUGCGAACGCAGCACGGCGCUCACCGCACCAUAUUCGCUCUCAAUGUCUGCAACGUCGUCGGGGUGUUCGUCAAGUCCGUGUCGGGCAAGAUGUUCCCGAUGCAGCCUGGCUACGAGACUUGGAAGAUCGGCAGCUCAUACAUCCGCCCCCAAGACAUCCUCAUCACUGGACUCGAGCACCGCGGCGGAGCCAACUACCAAGUAGAAAUCUGGUUGCCCAAGCACAAGUUCGCAGCGUAG